GAACAGACAGAAGCUGAAAGAUCCCCCAAAAAGAUGUGUGAGAGGACCUCUCAGAACCGGAGCACGGGCCACUGGCUGCUGGCACUUUCCCUGGCCUUGCUGUGGACCCUCCUUGCCUCAGCUUCCUUGCAGCCGCCAACUCCCACAGUCCUGGUGAAGCAGGGCGCCUGCGAGGUGAUUGCCACUCAUCGCUGCUGCAACCGGAACCGCAUCGAGGAGCGCUCCCAGACGGUCAAGUGCUCCUGCUUUUCCGGCCAGGUGGCCGGCACCACCCGCGCAAAGCCCUCCUGCGUGGACGCCUCCAUCGUCUUGCGGAAGUGGUGGUGUCAGAUGGAGCCCUGCCUGCCGGGGGAGGAGUGCAGAGUGCUCCCGGAUCUGUCAGGAUGGAGCUGCAGCAGCCGACACAAAGUCAAAACCACCAAGGUCACACGAUAGCUCUUGGGUCACUUGCUGGACAGGACAGCUUGACUGAGCCAUGGACUGAAGAAUGGUAUUAUCAGCCAGCAAAAGUGGAGAUUCACUUAUCUGGACACGUGCCCUGUGCCAAGUGAAGAAUCACUCUUCCCAGGGGGCACCUCAGUUGAGUUACUCAACAGAUAAGGACAGAUCUCUGGCCACAUACCUGGUGUUGUGCUGGGUUCUCCUGGGGGACCCAGAAGAAGGUCAAGAUACAGUUCCUGCCCUUGAGGAAUGUCCAGUCAAGUUGGAGAGUUGUUGAAAGACAGCUGAGCUAAUUGAGGUUAAAGCGCAUGGUAUGGGACCAUACCAUGUAGACCAUAUAUGGGUCAUGUUCUGUGGACAUGUUGGGGGUGUGAGGGUGAGACCCCCAUGGCCCUUUGGCCAACCCCUCAGCACAAGGCAAGAAGACAAGAAGUCACAUUCACCACCUGCCAUGUCCCUCCCUCACGUCAGUCUGAACACCCAGCAAGCUGCCAACAUGCCCAAGGAAAACAUUUCCCCCCAUGAGAGACCAGCUGUACCUCAUUUGCAUGGGACUGGGUUGACUUGGGGAGUGAAAGCUGACAUGAAGCCAGACAACUUUCCAGCAAAGCUCUGCAGAGUUGUGGCCUGGUUUUGGCUGUUCAU